GUAGCAGGUGUAGUGGGUGUAGUGGGUGUAGUAGGUGUAGUAGCUGUAGUUGCUGUAGUAGGUGUAGUAGCUCUAGUAAGUGUAGUAGGUGUAGUAGGUGCAGUAGCUGUAGUAAGUGUAGUAGGUGUAGUAGGUGUAGUAGGUGCAGUAGCUGUAGUAGCUGUAGUAGCUGUAGUAGCUGUAGUAAGUGUAGUAGGUGCAGUAGGUGCAGUAGCUGUCGUAGCUGUAGUGGGUGUAGUAGCUGUAGUAGGUGUAGUGGCUGUAGUAGGUGUAGUAGCUGUAGUAGCUGUAGUGAGUGUAGUAGGUGUAGUAGGUGCAGUAGCUGUAGUUGCUGUAGUAGGUGUAGUAGCUGUAGUAGGUGUAGUAGCUGUAGUAAGUGUAGUAGGUGUAGUAGGUGUAGUAGGUGUAGUAGCUGUAGUAAGUGUAGUAGGUGUAGUAGGUGCAGUAGCUGUAGUAGCUGUAGUAGCUGUAGUAGCUGUAGUAAGUGUAGUAGGUGUAGUAGGUGCAGUAGCUGUCGUAGCUGUAGUGGGUGUAGUAGCUGUAGUAAGUGUAGUAGGUGUAGUAGGUGCAGUAGCUGUAGUAGCUGUAGUAGCUGUAGUAGCUGUAGUAAGUGUAGUAGGUGUAGUAGGUGCAGUAGCUGUCGUAGCUGUAGUGGGUGUAGUAGCUGUAGUAAGUGUAGUAGCUGUAGUAAGUGUAGUAGGUGUAGUAGGUGCAGUAGCUGUAGUAGCUGUAGUAGGUGUAGUAGCUGUAGUAAGUGUAGUAGGUGUAGUAGGUGUAGUAGGUGCAGUAGCUGUAGUAGCUGUAGUAGCAAUAGUAAUAGUAAUAAAUUGCUUUAUUUGCAUGACCGCAUCACUUUACAGUAUUGCAAAAGCAUGUAUAUGACAAUCAAAAUAAAAACAAAACAGCACUAAUAACAAUCUAGAAAAAUUCGGUUACAUUACUAACAAUGAAUCACGUAUUUUCAUGCAGGAGGAGACAAACUUCAUAACUAACUUAUUUACAUGAUGUUCCUUCGAAUUCAUUAUCAGUUUUAUGCUUUCCGGAGAUGAUUUCUUGUCAAAGUCAGGUAUUAUUCGAUUGAUUUGAUUAAUAAAUGCCUGUCUCUGUACUGAGUAUUUGUUACAUUGAAAGAGGAAAUGAAUCUCAUCUUCUACCUGAUUUGAGUUACAUAAAGGACAUAAUCUAUUUUCUCUUGGCAAAUGAUCGAUUUGGUAUCGACCAUGUUCAAUCAUAAGUUUGUGAUUACUUAUUUUAAAUUUAACAAAAUUCUGUCGUUCGUCAUAAUGUCUUAGCUGGUAGAGAUAAUCAGAUGUAGAAUAUUCAUCUUUAAAAGUUUUAUAAAAUUCUAGUUUUUUUGAAUUUUCGAGGCUGUGCCGCCAAAAAGAUAGAUAUUUCUCUCUCAUUUCUGUGGUAUAUCGUCUAAUUUUAUUAUUAUCUAGAGAUUCAGCAUCUAAACUGGUUAGAUUGUAUUGUUCAAGCAUGUUUAUGAAAUUGGAAAAAUAUCCGGAAUUAUUCAUAGAAUGUAGAUUCUUUGACAUAAGGAAAGACUGUUUGACUAUAGAGUCAUUAUCUUUGUUGUUGAGGUAAACAAAAUAUUUCAUAAUUUUCUGAUUUAUCGGGAUAAGCAGCGGCAGUCUAUCAAGUUCAGCUCUGCAGGCUAUGUUAGAGGCCUUAUUGUUAACCUCUAAGUAACGUUUACAGAAUUUGAGGUGGAUUUUUUCUAUUGGGGAGCUAUCCCUUUUUUUAAAAUCUUGCUUGGUGUACAUUCCCCAUACCUCGCUGUUGUAACUCAAGAUUGGGAAUACCAUGGUGUCAAAAAUUUGGGAUGCAGUAUUAGGAUUAAGUUUGUUAAGAAUUGUCCGCUUCCGAAUACUAGAAAACGCGUGAAGGGCCUUUUCUUUUAAGUGUUCGAGUGCAAGUGUAAAGUUUCCCGUUGGAGUUAAACGUGUACCUAAAUAAGUGUAUUCUUGGACAAUUUCAAUUGACUCACUGCCUAUGUUGAAUUUGAUGUCAAUAGAUUUUUUGGGCGUUUCUGGAAAUAUCAUAUUUUUGUUUUCUUAGGAUUAAUUUUUAGCUUCCAUUUGUCACAAUACAAAGAAAGCGCAUUUAAACAGUUCUGUAAUCCAGUUUUCGAUCUUGAUAGAAUAACUAAAUCAUCUGCGGACAAAAGUGAAUUUAUUUUUUUCCCAUUUGGGAGAACAAAUGGGUCAGAUAAGGUGUUUUCGAAUAAAAGUGGUAGAUUGUUUAAAUAGAGGUUAAAUAAAGAGGACUUAAAAUACAGCCUUGACGUACACCUCUGGAAUAUGAAAAAGGCUGUGUUUUGUUUUCACCGAUUUUGAUGGAACAUGUCGAGUUGCAAUAAAGACUUUUCAUGAGGUUGUACAAGUUUCCUCCUAUAUUCGUUUUAGCAGCUUAUAAAACAAUCCUUCGUGCCAAACAGAGUCAAACGCUUUGCGGAAAUCUACGAAACAAGCGUAGACUUUUUUCCUUGUGAUAAUGCACAUAUUUAUCUAUUAGGGUCCUUAGAGUGAAAACAUGGUCUGCAGUGCGAUUUUCAGGCAAAAAGACAAUUUUGGAAUUAUGUAAUGUCUUAUUUUCCUCAAAGUACAAGUGAAGUCUUCGAUUUAAGAUAGAGCAGAACAGUUUUCCAAGGCAAAUAGAAUCACAUAUGCCUCUGUAAUUUGUUGGGUCACUCUUGUCACCAGACUCGUAAAUUGGGGCUAUAAGACCUUGACACCAAACAUCUGACAUUUUUCCGGAUUGUAAAAUGAGGUUAAAAAAGUUUGACAUAGACAGGCAUUAGUGGUUCGAGGCUUGCUUUGAUCAUUUCAUUUCGUAUUUUGUCAACAAAUGGUGAUUUCUUAUUUUUCAAUUUCUUCGCCGCUUGACGUAUUUCCCUCUCAGUUAUCUCAUAAUCGAGAUGGUUAAACCGUUCCUUUUCGUGUUCUAAAGAAUUUAGUUCCCUAUGGAUUUCAUAUUCAUGCGUGGAAUUCGUCGGGUCGAUAGAAUGCAGAGAUUUGAAAUGGUGAAGCCAUGAUUCUUCCGAGAUUGGGGCAGGAACAUUUUCGUUGAAAGUGUCGCUCAUCGUAGCUGUAGUAGCUGUAGUAAGUGUAGUAGGUGUAGUAGGUGCAGUAGCUGUCGUAGCUGUAGUGGGUGUAGUAGCUGUAGUAAGUGUAGUAGGUGUAGUAGGUGCAGUAGCUGUAGUAGCUGUAGUAGCUGUAGUAGCUGUAGUAAGUGUAGUAGGUGUAGUAGGUGCAGUAGCUGACGUAGCUGUAGUGGGUGUAGUAGCUGUAGUAAGUGUAGUAGCUGUAGUAAGUGUAGUAGGUGCAGUAGGUGCAGUAGCUGUCGUAGCUGUAGUGGGUGUAGUAGCUGUAGUAGGUGUAGUGGCUGUAGUAGGUGUAGUAGCUGUAGUAGCUGUAGUGAGUGUAGUAGGUGUAGUAGGUGCAGUAGCUGCAGUUGCUGUAGUAGGUGUAGUAGCUGUAGUAGGUGCAGUAGCUGUAGUAGGUGCAGUAGGUGCAGUAGCUGUCGUAGCUGUAGUGGGUGUAGUAGCUGUAGUAGGUGUAGUGGCUGUAGUAGGUGUAGUAGCUGUAGUUGCUGUAGUAGGUGUAGUAGCUGUAGUAGCUGUAGUAAAUGUAGUAGGUGUAGUAGGUGCAGUAGCUGUAGUUGCUGUAGUAGGUGUAGUAGCAGUAGUAGCUGUAGUAGCUGUAGUAAGUGUAGUAGGUGUAGUAGGUGCAGUAGCUGUAGUAGCUGUAGUGGGUGUAGUAGCUGUAGUAGGUGUAGUGGCUGUAGUAGGUGUAGUAGCUGUAGUUGCUGUAGUAGGUGUAGUAGCUGUAGUUGCUGUAGUAGCUGUAGUAAGUGUAGUAGGUGUAGUAGGUGUAGUAGGUGCAGUAGCUGUCGUAGCUGUAGUAGGUGUAGUAGGUGUAGUGGGUGUAGUGGGUGUAGUAGGUGUAGUGGGUGUAGUGGGUGUAGUAGGUGUAGUAGCUGUAGUUGCUGUAGUGGGUGUAGUAGCUGUAGUAAGUGUAGUAGGUGUAGUAGGUGCAGUAGCUGUAGUAGCUGUAGUAAGUGUAGUAGGUGCAGUAGGUGCAGUAGCUGUCGUAGCUGUAGUAGGUGCAGUAGGUGCAGUAGCUGUCGUAGCUGUAGUAGGUGUAGUGGCUGUAGUAGGUGUAGUAGCUGUAGUUGCUGUAGUAGGUGUAGUAGCUGUAGUAAGUGUAGUAGGUGUAGUAGGUGUAGUAGGUGCAGUAGCUGUAGUAAGUGUAGUAGGUGUAGUAGGUGUAGUAGGUGCAGUAGCUGUAGUAAGUGUAGUAGGUGUAGUAGGUGCAGUAGCUGUAGUAGCUGUAGUCACUGUGGUAAGGUGUAGUAGGUGCACGUGCAGCAGCUGUAGUAGCUGUAGUGGGUGUAGUAGGUGUAGUGGCUGUAGUAGGUGUAGUAGCUGUAGUAGCUGUAGUUGCUGUAGUAGGUGUAGUAGCUGUAGUUGCUGUAGUAGCUGUAGGAAGUGUAGUAGGUGUAGUAGGUGUAGUAGGUGUAGUGGGUGUAGUGGGUGUAGUAGGUGUAGUGGGUGUAGUAGGUGUAAUAGGUUUAGUAGCUGUAGCAGCUGUAGUAGCUGUAGUAGGUGUAGUAGCUGUAGCUGCUGUAGUAGGUGUAGUAGCUGUAGUAGCUGUAGUAGGUGUAGUAGCUGUAGUAGGUGUAGUGGGUGUAGUAGGUGUAGUAGCUGUAUAGUAGUAGCUGUAGUAAGUGUAGUAGCUGCAGUAGGUGUAGUAACCGUAGUAGCUGCAGUAGGUGUAGUAACCGUUGUAUGUGUAGUAAGUGUAGUAGCUGUAGUAGUUGUA